AAAAUUUUCAAUAUGGGAGACAAUUUAGCGUUAACGUGAGUUUCAUUAGCUUGCACAAUCUUUUGGUUUAAAGUAAUUGACGUCAACGUUAAUGAUAUACUGGUAGUCUAAUUUUGUUAGCUAACAUUAGCUAGCUUGGUUAAUCAUUCCUGCAUUAACUGGAAAGGGACUACCGUAUGCUAAUGUCUCAUAACCUAUAUCAACCUGACUCUUUGCGUCUAUAAACCAUGACUUAGUUGCUAAUUACUUAACUAUUUACCAUGUGGUUAAAUGUGUUUUUCAGCUGCUAAUAUAAGCACAGACAUGCUGCCCAGCCUCUCUAAGGAGGAUUUACGUGAUCUCUUUCCCUUCUUCAGAAGGAGAACCAUUUUGAGAUUUACUCAUGGUGAAAAUGAGGUAAUGUUAGAUUUUGACAUUUGGGAGACAUUUAAUCUAACCAAGCAGACAGUGUUACUGUAAUCAAAGUAGCAUUUCCUGGCCAUCAUUACAAUACAUGUAUCUACAGAUGUACUUGUUUUGGUGUUUGCUGUUAGGUUGUUGUUACAGUGUGGUGUUCUUUGCCUUUAUAGUUACUAUAGAAUAAAUGUAUGUCUUAUACACGGUCAAGAAUCAGACCUGUGUAGACCAGGCACCUCCUCCCGGGGACCUGUGAUUUCAGAUCUACAACCAGUGGAGCUGAGUAGAAGCAGCUUUUGAAAAGGAUUCAGAAUGUUACAACCCCCAAAAAGAAGCAGGGAGCGACCCCUUCAAGAAAGUGGCCACGAAGCCUUAGAUUUCAGAGCAGCCAGGAGAUGAUGUUGGAGAGAAUCCCCACUAUCUAGAUGCAACACCCCAGAGGUUGAACAGUUGGGUGAAACUUCUGAGUGCCUACAGAACCAGGCGAGACAUUAUAAAACUCUACAGGAGAUGUAUAAAACCAAGUCCAGACCCAACCAGAAGGAUGUUUCCCAGCGUCUGGACCUUGAAUUCCAAGCAAGACGGGCCUUCAUCGACUCUGAUGCUACUAAGGAGCAGGACAGGCCUACCAAGAUUCUUCAAGCGUAUCCCUGCUUCAGAGAACUGGAUCAUGCCUUCAUCCGCCGCUACCUGGCCAACCGCAAGGAGGAGAGCAUCGACGUGCUGCAGCUGGCCCAAGACCCAUUUCUCAUGCCCCCCUUCUGCAAGGCCCUUGCCACCGGACCUGGGCCAUUGGCGUCGGGCUCCACGCCCUCCACCGCAUACAACAGCAGUGCCUCGAACUGAGGUGCCCAACGCCACCCCUGAGGGCUCGUGUGGGGGCCACAUUACUCAAACGCCCUCCCUUCUGGAUGGGGGAAGGAGGAUGGAGGGGGUAAAAACAGACUAAAGGAUGGAGGAGUAAUAUCUGAAGUGCCCUCCCUAUCCCCACCCCUCCUAAGACAUGAAGGGGCAGUGCCAGUCUAUGGCUUGUCUGUAGGACCCACUGGCUUCCCACGUACAUGUACACACACACAACCCUGCCACAAAGAAGAGAAAGACCUUGCUGGGCCUGUUCAGUGGUCUGCAUCACAGGGUCAUAGGAAAACGGACUGAAGUCACAGUGUGUUGUGUGUGCAUUCCUGUUUUCGGGAAAACCAAACAGCUCAAAUCAAAUUGUAUUUGUCAAAUAUAUGUGUUUAGCAGAUGUUAUUGUGGGUGUAGCGAAAUGCUUGUAAGCUAGAAGCAUGGCAGCCCUGUCUGUCGGCACCAUUUUCCUACAUAUCCAUUCCAUUUGAUGUUUUGAGAGAAAGGCUUUUCUCGGCAGGGUUCAAAUGAAGGGGGAGUUUCUAUUUUUGAUGACCAAAGUUGAAGGCAUGCCUGGCUGAUACAACACUGUUACGUUUUACACAAGUCUAACUGUCAGGUGAAAGAAAGAAGUCAUUUUCACUAGGAUCAUCACUUUGGACUGAUUUGAUCAGAUUUAAAUAUUUUCUUGGAUAUUGGACUGGGAGUUUACUUUGUUAUUUGGAUGGUUGUCCAUAUUUUUUCAUGAGGCUUUCCCCCAAAAUGGAGGGAGAGAGACUUAAUAGAAAUGCAUAUAAACCAUUCACCGACUGUUGGUAUGACUUUGUGGUUUGUUAGCAAGGAGUUACGUCAAAGAUAAUUCUUAUUCAUUGCAAAUUGUGCAGUAUAACAAUCUAAAUUGCAACAUAACUUAAAUAAUAGCAAAGUUAUUUUAGUAUAUUGUGAAACAUGAUUUCACACUUGAGCAUAGGUGUGUUGUUUACCAGAGAAAAGCAGAAUAGCCUAACUGGUAAUACUCAAAUAUACACAGUCAUACAGAGCUAGCUACGUGUUAUGUUCAAGGCUAGCAACACAAUGACUGCCUGUAGAGUGUAUAAAGUGCCUUCAGAAAGUAUUCACGCCACUUGACUUUUUCCACAUUUUGUUGUAUGGAUUAAGUUGAGUUUCACUGGCCUACACACAAUUCCCCAUAAUGUGAAAGUGGAAUUAUGUUUCUAGAGAUUUUUACGAAUGAAUUAAAAGUAUUGUGUCAA